AUGGCCUUGGCCAGCUACACUGCACUGUUCAGGUCCCUGCUCUUGGUGCUGGCUCUGGCACUCACAGUGAGGAGCUCACCCCAUGGGAGGGUCGCCCAUCCUCGAGCCCACGUGCACGGGGGCUCUCUGAAGCCUGGUGAAGAUUGCCUGAACCAGAAGGAUCUGGAGUUCCCUACCACGGUGAAGGUUGACACUCACAUCAGCAGCUCAGGUCAUGCCUUGAGUAUGGUCUAUGACGUCAGGAACAGGUCUCUUGCUCCUUGGGAUUACAGGUUUGAUGAGGACCCCAACCGCUUCCCCCAGGUGAUCGCCGUCGCCCAGUGCCGCCUCUCUGGCUGCCUCGACCCCCUGGGGCAGGAGGACCACAGCCUCAACUCUGUCCCCAUCCAGCAGGAGAUCCUCGUCCUGCGGCGGGGGCUGGGGGGCUGCCUGCCCACCUACCACCUGGAGAAGAAAGUCAUCACCGUGGGCUGCACGUGUGCUGCCCCAGUCGUCCACCACCAGGCCUAG